CAACACCCAAAAUAAGAUCAAAGAAAAAAGGGGGUUUGAGCGACCUUUCAAUCUCGACAGUUUCCGUGCGUCUUCAAGCCUGUAGUUUUCACUUUGUGUUGCAUAUACCAUUAAUGUGCCCAAAAUACAUCCAACUUUGAAAUAGUGGGAACAAAGAAAAAGAUAGCAAUGAAUAAUAAAGCAAAAGCCCGCUAUAACAGUCGGCUGUCGGACGAAAGUGAUGUCGUACCCUUACGACAAGAUGUCGAUGGUAUCGACGAGAUUCCUCAGCAGCAACAGCCUUCUAAUGCUUCACUCAUCGAUCAUGCCAUAAAAGAGGAGGCGGCAAUUCAACACAAACAAAGUAUGGUGAAGACUUCAGCUGUAAAUUUAUUUUGGGUUCUUAUGUGGUACACUUUUGCGACCGUGCUAUCAAUUUAUAACAAAUGGAUGUUUUCAGAAAACCAUUAUAAUUUCCAUUAUCCAUUGUUUGUCACAACUUUUCAUAUGAUUGUUCAAUUUGUAUGCUCCGGAUCUACAUUAUUAGUAGUUCCAAAGUUGAGGCCCAAGAAGCGGCCGAGCAGCAAAGACUAUAUGUAAGGGUUCAAGAUGGACUGGGCUUUUAUAAACUGGUUAUGUGAAUUGAAGACUCACAUCCAGUACACCCAUUAGGUAUAAAGUGUUUCCAUGCGCCUUGGCUACGGCUUUAGAUAUUGGUUUAUCCAACUUGUCAUUAAAGACCAUUACACUAUCAUUCUAUACCAUGUGUAAAUCAUCCACUCUUGCUUUUGUUUUAAUCUUUGCGUUUUUGUUCAAGUUGGAAAAGCCGACCUGGAAGCUGGUGACUAUUAUUGUUAUUAUUACAGUGGGCGUUGUAUUGAUGGUAGCCAACGAGACCGAAUUUGACGUUGUAGGGU